GGCGGGAGGCGGUCCCAAGGUAGAGGGUGUCCAGAGCUGCUUAAGCUCGAGGGGACUAAGAACGCGGAGCCCAUUUAGGACCCCACUCAGCCCCCGCCUUCUCGGGUGCCCAGAAGCAGCUCUGGGGCCCAGGAGGCGGGCUGGACCGUGAGGCCGGGCCGGGUCGGGCGGAGGCUCGGGCGGGACUUCUGCAGGGGCAGCCCCAGGGACCUCGGCAGGUGCAGCCCCGGGGGCCUCGGCAGGUGCAGCAGGCGGGCCCGGGCGGGGAGCUGCUGGGCGCUGGCGGCGCUGGGCUCCCGGCGAUUUUCGGUAGUUUUGAGCCGGGGUCCCUGUGGAAGAACGAACUUGGGGAGAAUCUUGACAUCAAUGGGCAGAGGGCGGAGGGGAGGACCCCGUAGAAGAGCGAACUGGGGAGAAAUCUGCAAUUGAAGGAUAGAGGACGGGACGGAGCCGCGGGCUCUUCCUCCGUGUCACUGCCAGGUUGCCACAGCUCUUCGCCCUCCAGCACGUGAUCUGGUAGCUAGCUCCCUGGGCAUGAAGAGGAGACACAAAAGAGGACUGAGGUUAACAUUUCUCCAGUGUGCCGCUCUGCUCGUUACAACCUAGCAUUUUUGGCCUUUUUUGGUUUCUUCGUUCUCUAUUCAUUACGGGUGAAUCUGAGUGUGGCGUUAGUGGAUAUGGUGGAUUCCAACACGACUACAGCAGAUAAUAGAACUGCCAACGAAUGUGCAGAGCAUUCCACUCCCAUAAAAGUUCUUCACAACCAAACGGGUAAAAAGUACCGAUGGGAUGCAGAAACUCAAGGAUGGAUUCUCGGGUCUUUUUUUUAUGGCUACAUCAUCACGCAGAUUCCUGCAGGAUAUGUUGCCAGCAGAAGUGGGGGGAAACUGCUGCUGGGAUUUGGGGUCCUUGGCACCUCUGUCUUCACCCUGUUCACUCCCCUCGCUGCAGAUUUCGGAGUUGGAGCCCUCAUUGCACUCAGGGCCCUAGAAGGACUAGGAGAGGGUGUCACAUUUCCCGCCAUGCAUGCCAUGUGGUCUUCGUGGGCUCCUCCUCUUGAAAGAAGCAAGCUUCUCAGCAUUUCAUAUGCAGGAGCACAGCUUGGGACAGUAGUUUCUCUUCCUCUUUCUGGUAUAGUUUGCUUCUAUAUGAAUUGGACUUACGUCUUCUACCUCUUUGGUAUAGUUGGAAUCAUUUGGUUUAUUUUAUGGAUCUGGUUAGUUAGUGAUACACCAGAAACUCACAAGACAAUCUCCCCCUAUGAAAAGGAAUACAUUCUUUCAUCAUUAAGAAAUCAGCUCUCUUCACAGAAGUCAGUGCCAUGGGUACCUAUGCUGAAAUCACUAGCACUUUGGGCUAUUGUAGUUGCACAUUUUUCUUACAACUGGACUUUUUAUACUUUAUUGACCUUAUUGCCUACUUAUAUGAAGGAGGUCCUAAGGUUCAAUAUUCAAGAGAAUGGGUUUUUAUCUGCAGUCCCUUAUUUAGGCUGUUGGUUAUGUAUGAUCCUGUCUGGUCAGGCCGCUGACAAUUUAAGGGCAAAAUGGAAUUUUUCAACUCUAUGUGUUCGAAGAGUUUUUAGCCUUAUAGGAAUGAUUGGACCUGCAGUAUUCCUGGUAGCCGCUGGAUUUAUAGGUUGUGAUUAUUCUUUGGCCGUUGCGUUCCUAACCAUAUCCACAACACUGGGAGGCUUUUGCUCCUCUGGAUUUAGCAUCAACCAUCUGGACAUUGCUCCUUCUGUGCAAGGAUUUAGCGACAAGAAGAUACAUAAUAAGUUGAACAGGUAUGCUGGUAUCCUCCUGGGCAUCACAAAUACCUUUGCCACUAUACCUGGAAUGAUUGGGCCCAUCAUUGCUAGAAGUCUGACCCCUGAGAACACUGUUGGAGAAUGGCAAACUGUUUUCUGCCUUGCUGCUGCUGUCAACGUAUUUGGUGCCAUUUUCUUCACAUUGUUCUCCAAAGGUGAAGUACAAAACUGGGCUGUUAGGGAUCACGGUGAACCCAGAAACUGAAGGAACCAAUAAAUAAUCCUGUCUCGAUGUAUUUUUGUUUAUCAUGUAACCUAGCAGUGCCUUUGAUAUUUUAAUGUGUAAGCAAUCUAUAUAUAAGAAAAAAUUGUACUGUAUUAAAUUUUUAAGGCCUGUAAUCAUGAAAUGUCACUAGUUGCCAGAUUAGUAAAAUUAGCUGUUUUUAAUUAUUAAUAACACAUUUGCUGGAACUUACAAUUCAGGGUCACAUACCUGGCUGCAAGUCAGGCAGUCUGAAAGAGGGGAGUUCUGUUUAUUUUUAAGACCAUACUUAAAGGGACGAGCAGAAACGGACCCCUCUAUACCUUUGCUUAAGCUGGAUAAUAAUUCUCAGGUCUUGGUAAACACCUUUUUCUGUACACUUUCCUCAAAAACUUAUCUGUCAUCAACAUUCCCUGACACUUAGAUCUCAAACUUCAGCAUCUCCACGGAGCUGCCAGCCACUGUAUCAUUCAGCCUGGCAACUUCACUGAGGGAAGCGUGCCCAGGCCGCUGCCAGGCGUUCCCUCUCUGGCUUCAGGGACAGUGCCCAGCACUUACCAGAGGCAGCAUCCAAGACCAGGGUCAGCGCCAAGGCUUUGGAUGGUGUCAUUCCCCUGGGGCUGUUAACGAGUGGCCGAAGCCCUGAGCCGGCAGGGACAGCGCAGUCCGCAGCCAUGGCUUCCAUGCCCCUCACCCUUCCCUUUCCAGAACGCUGGAAGACUGACUGGCAUGUAACCUGCAAAAGAAAGUAUGAUGCCCAAUUAGCCACAAGUAACAUCAUCCCACCUUCAUGUGGGAUCAGAGUAUACAUUUUCAAGUCCUGUGUUCUAUGAGCUCCACCAGGAUAAUUAAAUUUAAAAGAAGCACUCUCACAUGUUUUCUCUCUGUCUUACGUGUCAGUGUCUGGUCGCAGCUCAAGGUUAGGGUGACUCUUACUUCUGCAGCACCUGCAACCAGUGGGGUGACCGUCUUUACUGCUGGUCUCUGAAAGCUCAUUCUGCCAGUUUUUCCUGGGCCAUCGUCCAGUGGUUUUUGAGCGUGCUUCGAGGGCAUUUAUGUGGUUUGGAACUUGAUUUACGUUUUGUUGUGUAUGUUCAACACUACCUGUAACAUCUUAACUAAAGCUAUUUAAUGUAAUAUGACGUGUACACAUUUCUGUAAAUUUAUUUUUAAAUCUGUAAAUAACUUUAAGUUGCUAUGGUGAUUUUUCUUUUAUAAAUUAUCAAAAUAAACCUUUUUGGAUUGAUUA